GCAUGAGGACACAGGAAGUUGGUGUCAAGGAGUCUAAAGCUGAGCUUCCUGUAACUGCAGAGGACCACUACCAUGGUCCAGCUGUGAAGAAGAGGCCCCCUGGCGCCUGGCCCAGGAACUCAGAGCUGACCGACAGCAAAGCCCACCCCUCCUCCCCUCCCCUCCCCGGAGGUCCCGGAGCCAGGACCAGCCCUCUGCUGCCUCGGGAGUGGUCUUUGUGCUCCGGCCCCUCCCCUUGUACCAAGACACCACCUUCCCCUGAAGAGUGGAGUGAGGGCUGCAGCCCCGACAGCGGCCCCACCCGCUGAGGCCCCUGCCCAGGAGCCUCAUGACACCUCCCAUUGCAGGGAGCAUGUGACACAGGCUGUCACACUGGACCCUUCCAGAAGGUGGUAGGCCCCAGGGGCCCUCCCAGCCCCUGGCUUCUCCCCGACCUGGGGCACCUGGUGGACAGGACCGUGCCUGCCCCAUUGCCCAGCUGUUGGAGGCAAAGGCCACGGCUGUUUACGGGCAGGGCCCAGCGAUCAGGAGCCCCGAGGCGGGCUGGCUGGGCACAUUCCAGGACUGGCUGUCCAGGGGCCCCAUCGCUGCUGCAGAACUGGUCAAGACUGCUGUUUUCUCCAUGGGGCUGGAGAACAGGGGCAAAUGUCAGUACUGUGGCCCGGAGCCGAGCCACUGGGUAGCUGGCGGCAGCCCUACUGGGGGACACCGUGAGCCCCACUUUCGGUGCGGCCACACCCAGCGCCAGGACCACACGGAUGGGCAGAUCUUGAGCCAGCUGCGUCCCCUGGCAGAGGAGGAGGAGGAAGAGGGGCCUGGGGCCUUGUCUGCCAGGCCUGCCUUUCCCGGGAUGGGCUCCGAGGAGCUGCGGCUGGCCUCCUUCUAUGACUGGCCGCUGACCAGCGUGGUACAGCCCGAGCUGCUGGCUGCCGCCGGCUUCUUCCACACGGGCCAGCAGGACAAGGUUCGCUGCUUCUUCUGCUACGGAGGUCUGCAGAGCUGGGAACGAGGAGAUGACCCCUGGACGGAGCAUGCCCGGUGGUUCCCCAGGUGUGAAUUCCUGCUCCGGACAAAAGGAAGGGACUUCGUCUGCAGCGUCCAGGAGUCUUGUCGCCCGCCAGGCUCCUGGGACCGAUCAGAGGAGCCAGAAGACACAGGUCCAGCCGCCCCCUCAGAUGCCGGGGACAGCCAGGAGUGGCCCGCAUGGAGUCAGUGCCCCGCCGUGCAGGCCGUGCUUGGGAUGGGCUUCGGGCAGGGCCAAGUGUGGCAGCUGCUGCAGCGCAGGUACCGCCGGGCGGUGCCGACCAGCGUGUCCGCGUCCCAGCUGGUGGCCGACCUGCUCCAGGAGGAGGACAGGGGCCGGGCUGUGGGGGCCAGAGCUCCUGUCCACCUGGGGCCUGAGCUGCCCGUGCCCAGAAGAGAGGCCCCGUUGGAAGGAGCCAGGGAGCCAGGUCGCCCUUGUGGAGAAGCGGAUGGAGCCCAGGCCCAGCGGGUGCUGGUGGCCCUGGAGUCCCCAGGAGCGCGGGAUGCAGAGGAACAGCUGCAGCGCCUGCGGGAGGAGCGGACCUGCCGUGUGUGCCUGGACCGCGCCGUGGCCGUUGUCUUCGUGCCCUGCGGCCACCUGGCCUGUGCCGAGUGCGCGCCCAGCCUGCAGCUGUGCCCCAUCUGUAGGGCCCCCAUCGGCAGCUGCGUGCGCACCUUCCUGUCCUAGGCCAGGAGCUGUGAGUACCACUCCAGGGGGGCACCCCACUCGCUCAGCCUGUCCCUUGGCCCACUUGGCGGCCCGUUGGGGAUGGCUGAGCUGGUGUCCAGCACUGACCAGCCCAGCGAGGAAGAGGGAGCUGUGGACGGCUUGGUGGAGGGGGUGGGAGCCUACGUGUGGAAGCUUUGGAAGAGUCAAAAUAAAGUGUGGGUUUUCCUUGGACA